ACGAUCCCGGAGAGAGCAGCGUCCGUCCGACGGCGUGCCCGGCCGCGGCCGGUCCUCGGUGGGAACGCAGCGACCACAGAAAGGGCUCGUUUCGGGGACUGUGGUUGUGGACCGGCGAUUGGCUGAUCUUGCCGGGCGCGCCUGGAAGGAGUAGACACGGACGCACUUAAAGCUAACGCAACUGGCUGUAAUUUACCCCAACGAAAAAAGGGGGAGAAGGACACAGGACCGGCAGAGCGUUGAUCAUCGUUGAAGCGGGGCGACGGGCUCGCGGGGAUUCGUCAUCCUUUUUUCUCAACUUUAUCUUAGUUUUCCCGCAAAAAAGAGUUAAGGUAGGGUGGCCCCGAGCUCUGCGGAACCAAGAGGGGCGGACGCUACGUUUCCGCCCGGUUGCGGAAACAGCCCGUGCACUACCCAAUCAGGGCGGCGUAGCUCAUUGGCGGAAGUGUAUUAUGUGAAGGAAGAGAGCCUCGCUUGUCGGCUGCGGAACGACGUCGUAAAGGCCGCAGCGCGCAUGCGUUGUUGCUCCCUUUCCCCCGACUUCCGGCACGCCCGACGCCUGCGCAGUAGCGAGAAGGACCUGGACGAGGUGCUGCAGACGCACUCGGUGUUCGUGAACGUGUCCAAGGGGCAGGUGGCCCGGAAGGAGGACCUGCUGAGCGCGUUCGGGACGGACGACCAGACCGAGGUCUGCAAGCAGAUUUUGAGUAAAGGGGAGGUCCAGGUGUCAGACAAAGAGCGGCAGACGCAGCUGGAGCAGAUGUUCAGGGACAUCGCAACCAUCGUCGCCGACAAGUGUGUGAACCCUGAGACGAAGAGACCGUACACGGCCAUCCUGAUUGAGAGAGCCAUGAAGGACAUCCACUACUCGGUCAAAGCCAAUAAGAGUACAAAACAGCAGGCUUUGGAGGUGAUAAAGCAGUUAAAGGAGAAAAUGCAGAUCGAACGUGCCCACAUGAGGCUCCGGUUCCUUCUCCCAGUGAACGAAGGGAAGAAGCUGAAAGAAAAGCUCAAGCCCCUGAUCAAGGUCGUGGAGAGCGAGGACUACGGCCAGCAGUUAGAGAUUGUGUGUCUGGUUGACCCGGGCUGCUUCAGGGAAAUCGACGAGCUGAUAAAAAAGGAGACGAAGGGCAGAGGCUCCCUGGAAGUGCUCAGCCUGAAAGACGUGGAGGAAGGAGAGGAGAAGCUGGAGUGACGCCCGACAGGCUCCGCAGCUCAACACUACAGCGCGCUCUCCCCUCAGUCCCUCCUCUCUGGUCCGCCAGGCUCGUGCUCAGACUCUGACAUUGUCUGUCCUUGUGCUCAUGUGUACACAGACACACCCUUCUGAUAGGUAGUACGCUGCGGGGCUCGCUCAGUUUUAGUCAUAAGGUGGGGUUUCGGGCAAGAAUGAAAAAUCCAAGAUGGUGAGGGCAGAGGAGCGUUUUGCUGCUGUCUCGUGCCCCGGACUGUCCGGCCUGCCGGUGAUCCGAGGCAAGUCCGUGGGGAGACAGACUUUGUACGUUAUAACAGGAGACAUCUAGGAGGAUAUGACAAAAAGGAAGUGUUUGUUGAAGAAAACCUAACGUCCUAUUCUGACUUAAUGAGACGUGUGGCCUAAUCCAUAGCUUGGACGAUGACCCUGAGUAUCCGGAAGUAGCUUUGGGGUGACCCAGGACUGAGCGGUUCUCACUGACCAUGCGGUCAUAACCUUCAUGAUUCCCGGUAAAGAAUAACAUAGUAUCAUCGGUUUCUGACCCUUAAAGUUUAUAAUAUAUGUUAACAGAGUGGAAUUACACGUAAUCAAUAAAAGCACUCUUUAUUUUUUAAUGAA